GGAGUGGAAUUUAAUUCCUCGUGAAGGGCAAUAUUUAUGCGCUCGGGGCCAUCCGCUGAAAUUGUUGGAGUGCACUGCAUCAUCGGAUGGAUUCGUUUGGAGGUGCCGUAAAAUUUCGAAGUCUGGAAAGCAAGUGCGAACGUGUAAUCAGCAAAUUUCAUUAAGAAAAAACACAUUCUUUGAUAGGUCGAGGCUAUCGAUGGUGAAGCUCAUUGCAUUUUCUUACUUUUGGUUGAAGAAUGUGACACAAGAUUUUAUAAUUGAGGAGUUAAGUAUUACAAGACCGACCGCUGUUGAUUGGUGUAAUUUUUGCCGUGAGGUAGUGUAAGGCGGCAUGGUUGUAAAGGGGCGGAAAAUUGGAGGUGUCGGGUCUAUUGUUGAGAUAGACGAAAGCAAAUUCGGACGCCGGAAGUAUCAUCGUGGACACGCUGUUGAAGGGCAAUGGGUUUUUGGUGGAGUGGAGCGUGGUACCAAUAAGUGUUUUCUUGUUCCCGUUGAAAAGCGGGAUAAGGAAACUUUAUUGGCAGUUAUAAAGAAUUGGAUUCUUCCUAACACGACCAUAGUUUCCGAUUUUUGGAAGGCGUAUGACUGCCUAAGUGAUGAAGGGUACGUUCACUUUAAAGUUAAUUUUAAAGACCCAGAAACGCAACAACACACAAAUACAAUUGAGGGACUUUGGCGGCAUGUCAAAUAUUCAAUUCCGCAGUACCAUCGAAACAAAAAUGGUUUGGAUCCGCUGAGCAAUUUUUUUAAACUGGCUGGUGCAUUAUACAAUCCACUGAAUCCAUACAUGCCGGAAGAAGCAGAGGAUUUUGAAAUUGAGGUUAUGGAAGAAGAGUAG